AUGAUCGGUCAGGUCGGGGGGAAGUUGGUGCGAGAGGAGGAGGGGGAGGUGGGGGAAGAGGUAGAGGUGGCGAGGGAGAAAGUGAUCUCGGACGUGGUGGAGGCGUUGAUCGGAUGUGCGCUGCUGCAGUCCACCGAACAAGCUCUGUUCGUCUGCCGAACGUUCACCCUACUCCCGGACACCAUUCGAACCAUGUCGGACUUCAACACGCUCCUGCUGGAUCUGAAACAACGUUCGAUCGACCACAACUGGUCCUCGCGCAUCGACCUUGGUGGGCUCACCCAUCUGCAGAAGCUGUUCUCCCACACCUACACCUACCCGCACCUGGCGCUGGAAGCGUUUACGCAUCCAUCGCUGCUCGCUUCCGUGCUCCCAUCCUACCAACGACUGGAGUUUUUGGGUGAUGCAUGGUUGGACUUCUACAUCGUCCGGUAUAUUUUCGGCAAGCAUGCGGAUCUUUCUCCGGGGGAGUUGACAACGUUGAAGGGUGUGCUGGCGAGCAACUCUACGCUGUCGGCAAUGGGGGUUAGGUUGGGGUUGGAGAGGUUCGUUGCUAGCGAUAGCGAUGUUCUUUCCGACAACAUCGGUGUGUACGCGAAGGAGAUCAAGAGGUUGGAGGAGGAGGGAGGGGCACAGUACUGGUUGAAGUUGAAGCGAGGGGUGGUGGUGCCGAAAGCGGUAGCGGAUGUGGUGGAGGCGAGUUUUGCGAGCAUCAUUGUGGACAGCGGGUUUGACGAGAAGGUGGGGGAGGAGGUGUUUGGGAGGGUGUGGAGGGGGUUCUAUGACGAGUGGUGUAGAUGGGAGGAUUUGGUGGUGAGGGAUUUGAAGCGCGUGGUGGGGUAUGUGAUGGGGAUGGUUAGGAGGGUGGUGGUGAAGGAGGGAGGGGGAAAGGGAGCGGUAUUGCUGGAGAUCAGGUCGAACUUGCAUGGAGAGAGCGGGGAGGAGAGGGUCGUGAGUGGUGACGAGAUCGUAGAGGCGUUGUUGAGCGAGGUUUGGGUGGAGCUGGUGGUAGCGGGGGAGACGGUCGGGAAGGUGGUUGCUUUGCCGAGGAGUUUGGGACAUCUCGAGAGGGCGAAGAGGAUCGUUAAGGAUCUGGAUGCGGUUCAACGUCGCCUCAAACAGCUCAUUUCCAAACCGCAGAAAGACGACGAGCCAAUCGAAGCAGUCGAUGCAGAAGCCGCAACCACUCCCUCCUCCACGGACGAACCAAUGCCCCUCUCCCUCGCCUGCACCAACGCCACCACCUCCGAAUCACUCCUUUGCGCGCUCGACGAGCAAGAGCACCUGCUGCAGCAGCUCGCCCGCACCCUCGGCUGGAAGAUGCUCUUCCAACCGCUCACCUCCACCCCCUUAUGCAGCAACGACAACACGCAGAGUAGCAUGCAAGACGACGCGAGAGGAGUGACCUUGGCCCAGUUGCGCACGCUUGUCUCACCUCACGAAGGGUAA